CCCCUUUAACUUCAACACCCCCGUUACUAUAAAGAAGCCACACUUUCCGUCUCAAAUACCCACCUUCCCUCUCUCUCUCUCUCAUAUAACAAUUGCAACUUUACCUUUUCUUUUAUAUCCUGAAUUCUUUCUCCUUUUCUUUUCUUUUCAUUUCUUUUCUUGUUCUUGUUCUUGUUCUUGUUCCCCUUGUUGAUAUUCUCUAUUACUUUGAGGGAGUAUAAUAGGGCAAAGUGGGAUGCUUGAAUUGUAGGCUCAAUUGGGUGUUUGAAGACCCUCUUUUUCGUUUUGUUUUGAACCGAGUGUUUCUUCUUGGUUUUCAGCUGCCUUUUGUUUUAGUUGGGUGCCUCUUUUGAAGAUGGAGAAGCUUAAUUUUGUAAAGAAUGGUACGCUCAGAUUGCCUCCUGGAUUCCGGUUCCACCCUACAGAUGAAGAGUUAGUGGUUCAGUACUUGAGACGAAAGGUGCUAGCUUGGCCUUUGCCUGCUUCUAUCAUUCCUGAAGUUGAUGUUUGCAAAGCUGAUCCUUGGGAAUUGCCAGGUGAUUUGGAGCAAGAGAAGUACUUUUUCAGCUCUAGAGAAGCCAAGUAUCCUAAUGGGAAUAGAUCCAACAGAGCCACAAUUUCAGGUUAUUGGAAAGCAACUGGAAUUGACAAACAAAUUGUAAAUUCUAGGAGCAACCAAGUUGUGGGUAUGAAGAAAACUCUAGUUUUUUAUAGAGGAAAGCCACCACAGGGAUCUAGGACCGAUUGGAUCAUGCAUGAAUAUCGCCUUGUUUGCGCUGAGACAGCAGCCUACAAUGCUUCACAUAAGAAGAACCAAACUCAGAGCCAUGUGGUGGCGAUGGAAAAUUGGGUGCUGUGCCGCAUAUUUUUGAAGAAACGCAGUGCUACUAAAAACGAUGACGACAGCAUGCAAUCUUGCAAUGAAAACGUUAGUCGUAAACGAGGGACGACCAGGCCUGUCUUCUAUGAUUUCCUGACCAAGGAGAGGACUGACUUAAAUCUUGCCUCUUCUUCCUCGUCCUCUGGCACCAGUGGGAUCACACAAGUUUCCAAUAAUGACACAGAUGACCACGAAGAAAGCAGUAGUUGCAAUAGUUUCCCUUAUUUUAGAAGAAAACCUUAAAAACACAUUUCACACUUUUCCUUUGGUGCCUGUACUAGUAGUUGGGGUUCUGAUUAGCCGAUCAGAAUAACCUUCUUAGAAAAAACAAUCUCGUGUUUGGUAAUUUAAGUCUUUGGUCUCUGUCUGUGAUUAUCACGCAGCACAAAGAGAUAUCAGCACAAAGAAGAAGGAAGAUAGAAUUCGGCAAUAACUAUUAUAUGAAGAGCAAACUCUCAUGGUGCGUCUUGUAAUGAAUCUCCAAAUUUCUAAAGUUAGUGAUACUGCCCUCUUGUUGGCAUUUUACAAAUA